AUGUUCAACUUGUCGUCAGACUUGGAGCAACUGCGCGUAUCAGAAAGGCUAUCCGACUUCAAGCUAAAAGUUGGAGAUAAAGAAUUCCCAGUUCACAAGGCCAUUCUGGCUGCACGAUCUAUAGUGUUUGCCGCCAUGUUUGAAAGUAACAUGACGGAAAAUAGGCAGAAUGAAGUCAAAGUUACAGACAUCGAAGCUACCAUCAUCAGCGACCUCUUGCAGUACAUGUACACCGGGCGCAUUCCACCAAUGUCUUGUGAAAAGGCUAUUAGUCUGUAUUCUGCGUCUGAUAAAUACAGUUUAGAAGAGCUAAAAGGAAAAUGCGUGGAAUUCAUGAUAGCGAACUUGUCGGUGAGCAAUGUCUGUGUCGUUUCUACUUUGGCAGACUAUCAUAUGGAUGAUAAACUAAAGGCUGCUAUAAAUGUUUUUAUGCGUCAGCAUGCGUCUGAAGUCGUUCAAUCCAAACAGUGGAAGAUGUUUGUAAGAAGUAAACCGCAUUUGGCAACGGAGAUUCUUGAAUCAGUUGUAGUGGAUGACUGUUGGGAAGCAUUGUUGUAG